AACAUCCUUGGACGUUGGCAGAUGCUGCUCUGGAAUAUGGACGUGACUUGACGAAGUUCUGGUGCGAGCUCCCGCAGCGCCUCCGCGAUCCGGAAGAGUCCGAGCCCGACAUUUUCAACGAGGUGGUCCAGUCGCCCCGUCGGUGCCAGCGCCACCAUCGCAUGCUUCGGAGCUAUGCGCGCCACGACUAUGUGGAGCUGCCAAGGAUUUUGGAUUCGGUCGGGUUGGGUGCCACGAUGGAACCUGUUGUUCUGGAUGUGGGCGGAGGCACAGGGACUCUGGCAAAGCUCAUCUUGGAGCAUUUGCAGAAGAGCCAUCCUGAGGUGCAGGUCUUGGUGCUUGAUUUGCCAGAGGUUCUUGCCCAGAUCGAGCCCUCCGCCGGACUUUGGCUGUGUGAAGGCGACUUGCGAAGCGAGUGGACAGUGCCAGCGGUGCCUUCCAUGGUGGUCAUGGCUCGUGUUCUGCAUGACUUCCAUGACAGUGCUGCUCUGGAGAUCUUAAGCAAUGCCUUCCAAACUUUGAAGCCAGGAGGGCAUCUUAUUAUAGUGGAGUUCGUUCUUCAAGAUGAUGGUGGAUCUUCUGGUGGCUUAUGUGACCUUCACUUGCUAGCUGUGACUGGGGGGCCGUGA